AGAGCACUCGCAGGCGGCGCCAGGGGCGGAUCCCACCCAUCGCGCCCCCGCGCCGGACCCCGAAGGGGGUGGCGGGAGGGCUCUGAUACUUCGGGGUCGUCGGCCCCUCGCCAGCCGCCCGGGUCGGGUCAUGCUCACGCAAUGGGGCAGGGAGCCCAGAAGGACAACCCCCGGCAGCUCUGGGACCAGUACGACGCGGACAAGUCAGGCGUUCUCGACAAGAUGGAGCUGCGGCAGAUGCUGCGCGCGCUCUGGGGCCGCCACCAGAUCAAGAAGGAGCUGUCCCCCGACGUGCUGGACAGGAUAAUUCAGGAUCUGGACCACAACGGCGACGGACAGAUCAUCCGGCAAGAGUUUGUGGACCUCUACGAGCAGGUCUGGGACAUCAUCGCUUCAGAAUUCGGCGCCUCCAGCUCCUCGGCGCCCGCGGCGUCCGCGGGCUUGGCAGGCUCGGGUUCGAUGGAAAUUCCGAGUGAGUGGGCGCACGGGCGCGGGAAGCUGCCCGACCCCGCGCCCUCGGAAUGGAGCCUCGCCGCCAGCGACGGGCACGGCAAGGGCAGCGCUGGCGACAAGGAUUCCGAUGUGUUCGUGAUUUGCUUGGGGUUCCGCUUGAGCAAAGCAGAUGCCCGCAGUAUGCUGUUGCGCGCCCUCCCGCCCGACGGUGGGGACGAGCUGGGCGCCCGUGGGCUGGCGCUCCGCAUCUCCGCGCACAGGAUGCUCCUGGGCGCGCGGGAGGCCGUCUCCGAUCUCACGGAGACCCAGUGGGAUUUCUUCCCCGUCAGCGGGCCAGGGACGGUCACGUGGGUGUGCGGGUUCAUCCGCGAGAACGGCGUGACUUUCCGUUCGCGGCACGUGAAGCUCAAGGCCGAGACGAGGCUCGCGAGUUCUGACCAGGACGCGUCGGUCUAUGAGCUGUGCUGCCGCAGCAUGCACCUUGUGCUCACCUACCGACGGAGCCGGGGCCGUCAACAGCUGACCGUCGAGCUGUGGCCUUGCGGGGCGGCGUCGGCGCUCAACUUCCUGCGUGGGCGGGUGGGUGGCGGCAGUUUCGGUGAGCUCUCGGCAGGUCAGCUCGCUGGCGCCGGCUCGCCGCGCGACUGCGCCUCGCCGUUCGGCGCGCCAAGCAUAUGCCCCGCGCCAGCUUAUCUAGAGCUGCGCGGUUGCGCGCCCGGGCGCGACCAGUCCCCAGCGAAGGCAGUUGCGUUCACCGGAGGAAGCCCCGCGGUCCUUUCGGAUCCGGGGGUGCGCGAGCCAGUCCAGAUGUUUUCGGAGUCCGUGCAUGAUCUGCGGCAGAACUGGGAGAGACAUCCUUCGCGCCCUCGCGGUGGGCGGCAUUCCGGUGCAUCUUCGAACUUCGACGCCCGGUCGAAGGUUUCGCCGAGACUCUGCGCCAAGUGCGUGCGCGACUUGUUCAAAGCGGGCAUGGUCUAUUUCACCGCAGAGCGAAAACGCGCGUUGGCGCCGUUCUUCGCCCCCGAGCGGGACGGCAGCGGCAGGGGGCGCGCGGCUGGCGCGCGACAGGGCGGCGACCAGCCCGUCGCUGCCGCCCGCGUCGACGGCGUCGCGAUCAUCGGGUCGAAGAGCGACGAGGUGGUCGCGCAGCUGGAGUCUUUGCACGGAGCCUUCAAUAACGCGGGCCUCAAGUGCAAGAAUGUGGAGAUUCCUUCUCGCGAGCAGAAGUUCGCGCGCCUGGUCUUCGACAGAGAGCGCGGGUGCAUCUCGCUCGGGCUUGGCAGCGGUUCGCCUCGGGUUCGGAGUUGGCGAGUCGUCGGCCACUUCCGCUGGGCGGCGCUUCUGCGGCGGCCGCUCCUCCGCAUCUUCCAGUCGACCUACCGCUUCAUAGAGAAAGUUGGCGACAGCCGCUGGCGCUUGCGGCCCGAGCUGGCCCGCGAGCCGCGCGUCGCUGCUGCUUUUGCGCCGUUUGCCCAUUGCGGCGCGAAGCGCCCCGUCGACGGCGCGGUUUACCCCGCAGACGCCAGCGCGGGCGACCGCGACCCACGCGGGGGCUUGUUCGGCGGCGACGGGGCGACGAAGCGCAGGGUCGACGAGGGCCUGGCGCUGGACGCCGCUCGCGUUCGCGAGCGCUGGCGGCGCGGCGUCAAGGGCGCGAUCGACGCUCGGGAUUUCGCGCUCGCAACCCCCAGGGCGACGCGAGCUCCGCGCGGUUCGCGCGGCCCGGCCAGCUGGCGAGCCCCUCUGGUCAGCCAACGCCGCGAAGUUGAACGGCGAGUUCGGCUGCCGCCUGUCGCCGUUACCCGGGGCGCCCGAUAUGGCGCCCAGCUACGGCACUCUGCAGCCUCGCGCGCGGCCGCCGUGGAGCGCAUGGGCCUGAAGGAGUUGCGGGCGCGGCUGCGCCACGCUGGCGCCCAGAGUGCGGCCGGGCACUCCAGGCGCGCGCGCUACCUCGCCGGGCUCGAGAAGGUGGACGAGCGCGUCGCGGCUUGGUCCGAGGUGGUAGAGAGCCGGAUCGGGCGCAUCUUCGGCGAGCAGGUGGCCCCGCCGAUGCCUAGCUUUCUCGGCAAGAGCGACCCGAAGUUCAUGCAGCUUUGCGUGGGCUCGCCAUUUGGCAUUCGUUUCCGCGUGCCAGACGGAGUGAUCGUGUUGCUGCUGGGCUUUUCCGAUGACAAGAACAUCAAGGGGCUCCCGCGCGGGGACCUCUUCGAGGGCGGCGUCGCGCGGGGGCGCCGAGCGUGCUGCAUCCGCGACGACGUGCAGAGGCGGCACUGGGACGAACAACAAGGGCGUCCCGUGGUACCUGGAGGCAUUCGCGAGUUCGCCAAGAAUGAGUGUGAGUGCGUCGACCUCAAGAUUUCUGAGCGGCAGCAGGACAUUGGGCAGCAGGCCAAGAAGUACUUGUGA